AUGGCAAAUUUACCAAUUUUUAUUCAGUAUGGUGGCCGAUGGAAUGUUGACAACAGUUUUGUAGAUUACAAUGCCGAUGAUGUAAUAGUUACUCCAAAUAUACGUUUUGAAGAUUUUGUAGACGUGAUUUCGAAACAACUUAUGAUAGAUACUUCAUUGAAUGUUAUUGAAAUCAAAUAUACUAUCCAAAACGGUUCUCCACCAAUAGUGAUACACAAUAAUAUGGGUAGUAUCCUAUCACUCGCAUAUGCCAUAGUAGAUUCAGAGAAUAAUGCUUCCUGGGAGUGGUUUUUCGCGAGGUUCAAGGAUGCAUUUAGGGAAAGGGAGGUAAUGUGCAUAGUCUCGGACAUGCAUGAAGGCAUUGAAAAUGCAACGGUAACAUUGUAUCCACAAGUACCUCACUGUGUCUGCAUAUGGAAUCUAUGGAAUAAUGUAAAAAAAAAAUACAAGAAGAACCAUUUGCAGCUCAAAGACAUAUUCUUUGCUAUGGCCAAAGCAUACACAAUUGAGAAGUUUAAUUACCACAUGGUAGAGGUAGAGAGAAUUGAUAAGAGGGUCAAAGAUUACUUAAUCAACGUUGGGUAUGAAAGAUGGUCAAGAGCACAUUCCACUGUCAAUAGAACAUUGACAAUGACUUCAAACAUUACGGAGUCGAUCAAUGCAGUGCUCAAGGCUGCUAGGGAACUCCCAGUGACCCCUUCGACGAGUUACUUAUAUUCAGUACUUGACAAGGGUAAGCAGAGAAUGGUGUUCCUAAAAGAUCGAACUUGUAGCUGUGGAAGGUUUCAGGUGGAUGAGCUGCCAUGUGCACAUACUUGGGUAGUAUUAAAAUACAAAUACAUUGAUCACAUUGAGUAUUGCUCAGUGUACUACACCAGGAAGUACCUAUUGAAAACCUAUGAAAUUUCAAUUUAUCUGGUUCCUGAUGAAAGCACAUGGAAAAUUCAUGCAGAAGUUCUAGAUGAAAACAUCUUGCCACCAGAUGUGACUAAAUCAAUAGGAAGGCCAGGGAAAGGGGUGCAAGCCAAUAUCUAA